GAUGUGUCGCGCAUGCGUGUUAGACAGGAAACUAAACCAAGAUGGCUGCUGGAGCGGAUCUUGUGCGAGAAAAGGUUCUCACCGACUACAGAAAAAAGCUCCUGGAACACAAGGAGCUGGAAGCAAGAUUAAAAGAAAUGCGAGAAAACUUGAAAGACCUUACCAAGCAGUAUGACAAAUCAGAAAAUGAUCUUAAAGCUCUCCAGAGUGUUGGACAGAUUGUUGGAGAGGUACUAAAGCAGCUGACAGAAGAAAAAUUCGUUUGAAAGGCAACCAAUGGGCCGCGUUACGUUGUGGGGUGCCGUCGUCAGUUGGACAAGACCAAGCUAAAGCCAGGCACUCGUGUGGCCCUUGAUAUGACAACCCUGACAAUCAUGAGGUACUUGCCUCGUGAAGUGGACCCCUUGGUCUACAACAUGUCAGUGGAAGAUCCUGGAAAUGUUACUUUCAAUCAGAUUGGUGGGCUUUCAGAGCAAGUUCGUGAACUGAGAGAGGUAAUUGAGCUUCCUCUCCUAAACCCUGAGCUUUUCCAGCGAGUAGGAAUCACUCCUCCAAAAGGUUGUUUACUCUUCGGACCACCAGGCACAGGCAAGACACUACUGGCCCGUGCUGUGGCCAGUCAGCUGGACUGCAACUUCCUCAAGGUUGUCUCCAGUGCAAUUGUUGACAAGUAUAUUGGAGAGAGUGCGCGCCUGAUUCGAGAAAUGUUUGCCUAUGCCCGAGACCAUGAGCCUUGCAUCAUUUUCAUGGAUGAGAUUGAUGCAAUAGGUGGGCGAAGGUUUUCAGAAGGAACUUCUGCUGAUCGUGAAAUCCAGCGAACACUCAUGGAGCUGCUGAACCAGAUGGAUGGUUUCGAUGCCCUGGGGCAGGUGAAGAUGAUAAUGGCAACUAAUCGUCCGGAUACACUUGAUCCUGCCCUGCUACGACCUGGACGGUUAGACAGGAAGAUAGAAAUACCACUUCCAAAUGAGCAGGCUCGUUUAGAGAUUUUAAAAAUCCACGCCAACCCUAUUGCAAAGCAUGGAGAGAUUGACUGGGAGGCUGUGGUCAAGCUGUCGGAAGAUUUCAAUGGUGCAGAUUUGCGAAAUGUUUGCACCGAGGCUGGGAUGUUUGCCAUUCGUGCUGAACGAGACUAUGUUAUGGAGGAAGAUUUCAUGAAGGCAGCUCGAAAAGUCUCGGACAACAAGAAACUGGAGUCAAAAUUGGACUACAAGCCUGUGUGAUCAGUCAGGACCUAGGACUUUCACUGUUUUGAGAACACUUUAAAAUGUUGUGGUUUGAUUUAAUUAAAUAUUGUAUGAGCUA